UAUUAUUCUGUGGUAUCACUAAAAAUAAUAUGAUGAUUAUGAACCAUGCUGUUGCUGAGUACUGACUUGCUAGUUGCUGUUAACAAAUUACAAUUUACUAAUUUAGAAGUUGCAAGUUACAACUGUCUUGUUGUCUUGUACUCUAGUACAGUUGUACCGUGUUGCUAUCUACUGUGAGAACAUAACAUUGCUUAUUGUUAAUGUAUUUAUGWCGAACGUGUUGAUUUCCUCUUAAAAUACAUAAUGGUACGGCACAAUAACCAGUUGCCGAAUAAUUUACCACAACUCCAAAAUCUUAUAAAAAGGGACCCAGCAUCAUAUAAAGAUGAAUUCUUACAACAACAACGUCAUUAUAAGUCACUUUUGGCUGUUUUUACGUUGCGCCCGACAGAUUUCAAUAAAAGUCUUGAUGAACUGGUUAUGUUUAUGGCCCAGGUAGCACAUUGCUAUCCUGGUGAAUUGGCCACCUUUGCACAAGAACUCACAGAUAUGUUACAGACACAUGGACCUGUUCUAGAUAAGGAUAUGCGAAUGACAUUUUGCCGAGCUUUAAUAUUGUUACGUAACAAGCGAUUAUUGACACCAACAGAUUUGCUUUCUCUAUUUUUUGGCUUACUCAGAUCACAAGAUAAAGAAUUGAGAAAAUUUUUAGAAUCACAUAUAGUUUCUGACAUUAAGAACUUAAAUUCAAAACAUAAAGAUGCCAAAUUAAAUCGUAAUCUUCAAAAUUUCAUGUACACUAUGCUUAAAGAUAAUAAUGCUAAGGCAGCUAAAAUGUCUUUGGGUAUAAUGGUUGAUUUAUACAAAAAAAACAUUUGGAGGGAUACAAAGACAGUCAAUGUAAUAUCAACUGGAUGUUUUUCWAAAAUUACUAAAGUCAUGGUUGCUGCAUUAAAAUUUUUUGUUACUGUGGAUGCAAAUGAUUCUUCAGAUGAAAGUGAUUCAUCAAGUUCUGAUGAUGACACACCAAAUACUAGAGAAGUGAUAAUGGCAAAUAAAGUGAGCAAAACAACAAGAAAAAGAACAAAAAAUUUAAAAAAAGUUAAAAGAUUAGUYGAGAAAAAUAAAAAGAAGAAAAAACAAAAACAAUCUUCUAAUUUUGCAGCUUUGACAUUAAUACAUGAUCCCCAAGGAUUUGCAGAAAAGUUAUUUCACCAGUUAGAAAAGAGACAUGAACGGUUUGAAGUGAAAAUGUUGACAUUAGAUGUAGUGUCACGUUUAAUUGGUUUACACCAAUUAAUAAUUUUCAAUUUUUAUCCUUAUAUUCAAAGAUUUUUACAACCUCACCAAAAAGAGGUAGUACGAAUGAUGCAAUUUGUUGCUCAGGCAUCACAUGAAAUAGUUCCACCUGAUGUUUUAGAACCUGUAUUACGCGCAUUAGUGAAUAAUUUUGUCACAGAAAGAAAUUCAUCUGAUGUUAUGGCUAUUGGGUUAAAUGCAAUUCGUGAAAUGUGUACUAGAGCACCGUUAGUUAUGACUGAAGAUUUAUUAAGAGAUCUUGCUCAAUACAAGAAUUAUCGUGAGCGUAGUGUUAUGAUGGCAGCCAAGUCAUUAAUACAUGUUUAUAGAUCUUCUAUGCCACAUUUAUUGCAUAAAAAAGAUAGGGGGAGACCUACUGAAGCAUCGUUGGAAAUUGUGGCAAGAAAGUAUGGUGAAGUAGAUGCAAAAGAGUUUGUACCUGGUGCUGAAAUACUUCUUGAAACAGAAAAUAAUGAGUCUUGUGAUUCUGAUGAGUCAGGCGAUGAUGAAUGGGUAAAUGUUAGUCAUUCAGAGAAUGAAAUUAGUGAUGAUGAGAAUAUAGAUGAUGAAGAUGAAGAURUUAAUGAUAGUGAUGAUGAUAACGAUGACAUAGAAAGUACUUCUGAUACUGAGGGUAUAAAUGACACAAAUCAAAGUAUUUCUACACAAAAUUCAACAACAAACAUAAUUACUGAAAAAAAAAAAGUAGUAUCUAAAAAAGAGCAAUUGGCUGAAAAGAAAGAAAAAGCAGCACAAGUCAGUUCGAUGAGAAUUUUAUCUGAUGAAGAUUUUAAACGUAUAGAAAUUGCUCAAUUAAGCAAACAGAUGACAUCUGCUAAAAAUCGCAAAAGGCCAGCUGAACCUGAAGAAUCAUCUAGAGGUGAAUUAGUUAGGCUGAAAGAUAUUGAAAAUAUUUAUAAAAAAAGAAAACACGAUAAACAAACAAGAAUAGACUCCAUAAAGAAAGGGCAAGAGGGAAGAGAAAAGUUUGGAUACAAGGAUGGACGUUUAAAUCCAUUUUCUAGUAAGACUAACAGAGAAAAAAAGAAGACUAAGAAUUUCAUGAUGAUUAAACACAAGGCAAAAGGAAAAGUGAAGAAGUCUUUUAAGGAUAAGCAGAUUGCAUUGCGAAAUCAUUUGACCAAGUUGAAGAAGAUGAAAUAAUAGUAUAGAUCAUUUCUGAAAUGACUAAAAUUCAUGUAUUUAAAAUGAAUAAAGUACAAGAUAUCCAA